CGGCUUCUCCGAGCCGCUGCCGCCCGGACUCGGCGCGAGAGGACGGCGUCGGCGGAGCUCUCCCGGCGGGGGGCCUCCGGGGCCCGGCCGAGAGCGAGCUGGUCAAGAGGGCGGCGGCCUUCCUCAAGCGCUCCGGUCGGAGUAAAAGCGAGCAGAGCUCCGAUUCGCCGAACCGACGGCCGUUGGAAAUGAACGGCCACGCCCCCUCUUCCUACGUCAGUAGCGAUAAUGACUCUGAAUUGGACGACGCGGACAUGAGGAAAGAACUUCACAAGCUGAGAGAAAAGCACAUGAAGGAGAUAUCGGAACUCCAGGCCUUCCAGAGGAGCGAGAUCGAGCGUCUGUACCGAGAGGUGGGCAAAUGGCCGCCCCCCAACGCGGGCCUGCCCCACGCCGCGCCUCCCUGCGGCCGCCGGCGCAAGGCCGCCAAACACAAAGUCAAGGCGGGAAAAUUGCUCAAUCCGGUGGUGCAGCAGCUCAAAAGCCAUCUCGGCGCCGACGCGGCCCAGAGAAAAGGGGAAAGUUCUGGAAGUUCCUCGGGAUCCCCCGCCAGGAGUUGGGUGCCGUCCGAGCGCUCCGCCGGCUCCGGCGGGCGGCGCGGCGCCAGCCCCGAGCGAGUCCACAUCUGCCAACCGCGUUCCUUCAAAGGCUCUUUCUCCUCGGACAACAUCCACGCGGGCCAACGCGCUGACGGCACCGCGAACUUGACGAGCCGAGGCUGGACAGUUUACCACCAAACGUCGGAGAGAGUCGCCUUUCAACCCAGUAGCAAACCACGCGCUCGAUUCCUCAGCGGACCCGUGUCUGUGUCCAUCUGUUUGUAUUCGUUCCUUCCUCUGCUUCAUUGCCACAAUCUUGAUUGUAGACGAGCGCGACUUGGGCGCUUGGCGUUUUCCGGACGUCGCCGCACAGGUCCACACUGA